AUGAAGGGAAAAAAAGAGAAGAAAGGCCCAAGUGAAAAUAAAGGCAGCCAAAAAAAGGUUCCAACAAAUUUAAAAAGAAAAAAAUGUCCAAGCAAUGAACAGGAAUAUGAAUCGAAUAGCAAGCAUGAACAGAAUAACGAGAAUUACAAAAUUAGCUCGCCAGAAGUGAAUACCAUGAGGAAGGGAAAAAAAAAGAAAUUAACUGAAGAAUCAGAAAAGAAAGAAGCCGAAAAUGUUUUGUUUCCUUUAGACAAUAAGGAUGGCGGGCACCCAUCUAAUGGCGAAUGCCCCUCCGUGAGUAACGUAGAAAUGGGGAAGGUUAAGCCGGGGCAGAAGGUGAAGAGGGGGAAGCAGUCCAUUAGUAGAGGUGAAGAAAAGAACGGUUAUCCCAAAGAGGAUGCCAAUAAGAAGAAUGGAAGUAAAAGGAAGAAGAAAGGGCGUAUUGAUGGUUCAGAUUCGUCCUCAAAGCUUUUAACCAAAGGGAAAGAGGUUGCCAUAGAUCGGGAGGGAGCAAACGGGAGGACCAAACGGAUGCUGAGAAAAAUGGAUAACCAUGUUGCUCAGGAGGAGGGAAAAGAAGAAAAACAGAAGGAAGAGGAACAUACACAGGCACAACAACAGAAACAACAGGAAAAGCUAAUGAUGAAAGAAAUUAAAAAUUACUACGGAAUAGUGAAAGUAAGGAAUCCAAACAGCCAAGUUGGGAAAGGAUACCUUUCAACCCUCCAGAUCAAACUAAACACAAAUGUAAAGGUUUCGGAUACUUUCGCUAUAGUCCAGUUGUCGUCCCCAGAGGAUGCAGACAUCACUUUGGUGUCUCCGCUUAUGUGCGAAACCAGGAAGGGUCUGAAAGCGGAAUGUGUAAAGGGCCGUCUGAAGGAGGUACCCCAAUUAGAUGGCCACUUUAAGCAGGUCCGCGAAAAAUUGCCCCUCGAAAUAAUCGAUAAUUUAAUUUUUAAAAAUAAAACCCAUGACUACGACAAGUGGGUACCAGAUUGCCGCAUCUUACUAGUGACCGGACUACCAUUCGAUCAGAAGGAAGAAAACAUUCUGAAUACGCUAAUUGACGUCUAUUAUAGGAGCCAAGAUAGAGACCCUAUAUUGGAUGUGUUGGGUAUAGACAAAUCUGAUUAUUUGUUUGAUUGUGAGAAUUUAUAUGCAGCUGUGGAGGAGCAUCCGAACAAGUACGAAUUAUUCGCAAACCAUUUGGGCAUUAUCAAAUUUGCUUUACUUUUCGGAACAAAACCGAAUGCAAGUAUAAACAUGAUAGAUCACACGCACCUGCUUAUUAACCUCAAUGAACUGUGUAGAGCUAAUCGUUGUCCAGCGGGUUCUAUUGGAUCACUCUACUUUAAGAAUGAACAGUGUGCCAGAAAAUUUUGGAGGGUUUUUAAAUUGUCUGAUAAUUAUAUGUAUGAAAAAUACGUUAGAUUAUUCCCAGACAAAAAUGAAUUGAAAGUCUAUAUCGAGGGAUCUGUAUAUUUCAUAAUGCCUGGUGCCCUCUUCGUGAACUUAAAUUAUGCGCAACUCAAUUUGGUACUUAACAGUUUACAGCAAAAAAGAUCAAUUGUCUUCGAGAAAAUUAAUAAUAUUAAAUUUAAAUAUCCCGACAAAACUAUCUGGGAUUUAAUCGCUGCUAAUGUAACUUUGGAUGGUGCGCUUGAUGAGGGGGCCACUUCGCAGCAGGCCGUCGGGGAAAGAAGCCUAGACGCAAACGAUCAGCUGAGAGGUACUUCUAUCGGUCAUUUUAUUGACCGAAUGGUGAGUGCCGCUAAGGGGAAAAUCAACCAACAUUCUCCAAAUAGUAUGAAUGAACAGAAGGAUGAAAAGGUGGUGAAAGAUGUACUCGAAGAUGUGCGUGAAGGCGAACGCAAAUAUGCGCAUGAUUACGAUGAUAGUAACUCAUCUGGCUGGGCAACAGACCAUAUCCUUAACGAAUGUGAUUCGGAAAAGUCGCUUGAUGAAAGUGACAGAGAGGAGAUGGAAGAUGAGGAGAACGCUUUCCACAACAAAAUUCACUGCAUCCCAAAUUUCCUCAUGCGCAUUUACAAUACGCAUAUAAACAGGUACCUAAUGGACAACGGGCUUUACCUGCUAGCAUGUCCAUACUUAGACGGGGAAUCGGGAAAAAAAGUGGCGAACUUCUUAAUAAAGUUUCACCUGCUAGAUUGGACAUUUAGCGAAACAGAUGAUGCAUGCUACUUUUACCUUUUCAAAUCCAUAAUAAGUGUUUUUGCAGUAUCCAAAAAGAUUUUUAAGGGAACUUAUAAUUAUUUAGUCACCACACUCUUUUUGAAAUUGCCCUUCGGAUUAGUCCCGGCCGUUUAUAUCCGCGUGAACCCCAGACUGCUAGGCAAUAUGGGGGACGGUCUCAACUUCACUCCGGCUAAAAUGUUCGAGGAAGUGACGGAGGUGAGGGGUUUUGCAGAAAAGGCGAAGAAUGACGAACACGCGCACACAGAAAAUUCCGUCCUAACACCAGCUUAA